AAGGCUGUGUACAAGUGUUUGCUCAUUUGCCACAAACAUUUUUGACAGGUUUUUGAUGCCGACUUUGGAUUGCAUGUCGAUGUGACCGAUGACUUUAUCAUUGAGGACAAGUCGAAGUUGGAGAUAAAAGAAGGGAGCCAGUAUCGGCGCAGCAGUUAUGUGGCCCUUCCUCUGGACAGAGGUGGGGUGCACUCUUCGCUGCUGUAUGACAAGGAGGAUCUUUGGGAUCAAUGACAGGGUACCCAGGAAAACUUUAUGAAGAAGCAGCCAGGGAGCUCAUCACAAAGUUCCCCUGUCUGGCUGACUCAACAGGAACUGGAUAUGACUCCUGGCGGGUGCAGCUCCGCUUUAAAGCUAAAUAUCAGAGGAGGAAGUUGAAGACACAAGAUGAGGCCGCUGGUUCCCUGCCUGUCAAAAGAACCAGGCACACUGAGGAAGUUGCACAGAAGCGAAUCUCCCGGCCAUCUCUUGCUCAUGACAUGGGCGAUGCUGAGGAUGACAUCAGCUUACUCAUGCAUGUGGAGUCCAUGCAGAAAGAGGCAAGGAAAGCCUCUCCAGACACCAUUUACCUCCUAGAUGCUAUGAUGCGCACAUUUGCUGAGAGGAGGAAGUGA